UCUUCCAGACGUUUACUACUCACCGGUACACCAUUACAAAAUGAUCUUAUGGAAUUGUGGUCACUUAUGCAUUUCCUAAUGCCCUAUGUAUUCUCAUCGCAUCGUGAAUUCAAAGAAUGGUUCUCUAAUCCAAUGACCGGCAUGAUUGAAGGCAAUAUGGAAUAUAAUGAGACGUUAAUACAACGUCUGCACAAAGUUAUACGGCCGUUCUUGUUGCGACGCCUUAAAAAGGAAGUCGAAAAACAAAUGCCCAAAAAAUACGAACAUGUUGUUAUGUGUCGUCUGUCGAAUCGUCAACGUUAUCUGUACGAUGAUUUUAUGAGUCGAGCGAAAACAAAGGAAACCUUGCAAACUGGCAAUUUGCUGAGUGUUAUAAAUAUUUUAAUGCAAUUGCGUAAAGUCUGCAAUCAUCCGAAUAUGUUUGAAGUACGUCCAACGAUAUCACCAUUUCAAAUGGAGGGUAUUACAUUUGAAACGUCACGUUUGGUCUGUGAUCUAAUGGAAUAUGAUCCAUUUACGCAAAUUGAUUUACACUCCCUAAAUCUACUCCUAAUUGAAUUGGAGUUAACCCUCACAGCAUAUGUGUCACAUAAAUCUCGUCUAUUGGCGGCGCCACGUAAACUAAUCGAAGAAAUUGAUAGUCUACCGGAUCCACCACCACGAUGUCCAACGGGAAAAUAUAAAUUCCAUAUAAGGAUACGUGAUACUCGAGUGCAACAGAACAUCAGUGCUCAUAGUCAACAAAUGGUAAAGGUGGGAGCAAGUCCAGCCAUGAAAAUGGAGGGUAAUAAAUUUGUACCUCUUAAUGCAGCAGCAGUGGUGGCGGCGGCGUCCAUUACUAACAACAUGGGUUUUACAUCGCGUGAUAUUGUUGAGACUGGAAGUAAUCGAAUUAAUAAGCGUAUCAACAACGUCAUUAAUCCAAUUGGUGCGCCGAAAUUGGGUCCCAUUACACCUGGCUCGAUAACAAGAUCCUCUGUUCCUACAAUUGUAUCGUCGUCUACAUCAUCAUCGUUGUCAUCGCCCAUGGGCGGCCCAACACCUGCCAAACAAAUGCGUCUGCAAGAUCCCCUGAGUUUGGAUGACAUGAUGGUGGAUAAUAUCAAAACGGAAAAGUUUAUCGAUGACAAGGCAUUGGUAAAAGUUUUAGCACAACAAGUCAAGACCACCACAAAUAUUACCUGCUCUACUUCUACUGAUGUUUCUACACUCAAGACUGAAGCUGUGGCGGCGGCUACUGCUGCUGAUGAGGAUAAUACUUCGGAACUGGAUCCCAUUUUCAAUAUGUCGGAAAUUUUGCAACAACGCAAAGAGCAAAGAUUGGCUCGGCUGAAAUUGAUGGCAAAUGUCAAUAAAAGACGUACCGAUGCCACACCCAUCUAUGGAGCCGAUUGUCGUGAAUCCAUUGAACAUUGUUCGGAGGGCAGUCGGCUGUUGCAGUAUUCCACUUGGCAGACCAGAGGUUAUACAAAUUGCAACACUGCCAUGCAUCGUUCAAAUGAUAAUUGGACCCUGAAUAAAAUUCUGAAAAAUUAUGAAAAACGUUGCCAGGACCUUAAACACAUCUUUCAGAAUUAUGUUAUCUAUGUACCGUCCGCUUGUGCACCACGUAUACGUUUCUAUGUGAAUAAUUUGGCAUCUGUACGCAUGACUCGGGAACGUGCCAUCGAGCAAACAAUACAAAAGGAAAUGUCACCAAAAUUGGCGUUGUUACAUCCCAUCAUAUCGGCAAUGACCACUCAAUUCCCCGAUCCACGUCUCAUCCAAUACGAUUGUGGUAAACUGCAGACACUGGAUGGUCUUUUGAAGCAACUCAAAUACAAUCAUCAUCGCGUCCUGAUCUUUACACAAAUGACAAAAAUGCUGGAUGUUUUGGAGGCAUUCCUCAACUAUCAUGGCCACAUUUAUUUGCGUUUGGAUGGUGCUACCAAAGUGGAGCAGAGGCAAAUACUAAUGGAACGCUUCAAUACGGACAAACGCAUUUUCUGUUUUAUACUCUCGACACGUUCCGGUGGCGUGGGUAUUAAUUUAACGGGUGCAGAUACUGUGAUAUUUUACGAUUCAGACUGGAAUCCCACCAUGGAUGCUCAGGCGCAGGAUCGCUGUCAUCGCAUUGGUCAGACAAGAGAUGUACACAUUUACCGUUUGGUUUCGGAGAAAACCAUCGAAGUGAACAUCCUAAAGAAAGCCAAUCAAAAACGAAUGCUUAGUGAUAUGGCCAUUGAGGGUGGAAACUUUACCACGUCGUACUUUAAGAGUUCCACAAUUAAGGAUCUUUUCAAUGUGGAUACACAGCAACAACAACAGGGUGAAGCGGCGGGAGCAGCAGCUGGUGUACCAGCUAUUGCCUCAUCUCAAUCAAGUGAAACAGCACCUUCGUCAUCGGCGUCAUCAACUGUUGUCGAGAGCAAUGAAAUUGAUUUGGAAAAACAAUCGUUGAAGGCUUUCGAAAGUGCUCUUGCUGCUGCCGAGGAUGAACAAGAUGUCCAGGCGGCAAAAACGGCUAGAGCGGAAGCUGCUGCCGAUUUGGCAGAAUUUGAUGAGAAUAUACCGCUGGAAGAAGUUGCCACAAAUACUGAGGGUGGUGGCGCUAAUGUUGAACUCAGUAAAGCCGAUUUGGAAAUGCAAAAUUUGGUUAAACAGCUCUCACCCAUCGAACGUUAUGCUAUGCGUUUUGUGGAAGAAACCGGUGCCGCUUGGACCGCGGAACAAUUACGUGCCGCCGAAGAAGAACUCGAGGCGCAAAAACGUGAAUGGGAAGCCAAUCGUUUGGCCGCCCUACAAAAGGAGGAAGAAAUGCUCAAGCAGGAAGCGGAAAAUGAUGAAAUGUUGACAUAUUCACGGAAGGAUGCCACAAAUCAGGUUAAUAGACAAAAAACUAAUGUUAAGACUAAUAGCAAAAGAACAAAUAUGGCUAGAAAUCGUGAUAGAGGUUCCGCUACUGCUGCCAACAAUAAACGACGGCGUUUGCAACAGCUACGUAACAGUAGAAAUGUAAAUGCACGAACCUCAACUAGAAGAGGUGGGGCGGCAGCGGCGGAAGCGACGGAUGGUGAUAACACCAGACGUAAACGUCGUAUAAGUAGUAGGCAACAACAGCAGCAGCAACAAUUAAAUGUACAAAAGAAUAGUCGUAACAGGACUACCUCUAGCGUUGAUAGGAGUAGACAGCGACGGCAGCACCAACAAAAACGUGGCCGGACGACUAGACUUAGCGGUGGAAUUAGGAAAGAUGAUAGCCAGGGAGAACAAAGUGAAAAUAAUGACGAUUCGGAGGAGGAAGUUAGGGAAGAGGGGGAUGAUUCAAAUCAAAGCGAACUUGAAGAUGAUCAUGAGGAAACGGCAGUUAGUGGUAGUGAGAAUAAUGAGGAUACAAUGGAAGAAGUUGAAGAUGCGGAGGAUGCGGAUGAUGAUGAAGACCAAGAAGAUGACGAUGAGGAAAAUGAUACUGAGGAGAAUCUUGAGGAGGGGACCGAAAACGAGGAAGAUGAUAAUGAGGUUAGCAAUGCCGAUGAGGACGAAGACGAGGACAAUGAAAAUGACCAUGAACAGGAAUCUAAUGAUGAGGACGAUGUAGAAGAUGAUCACAAUCAAAAUACCGAAGAUGAUGAUGGUGAAUAUGAAAGUCAACAACUGAGUCGUCGUAGUAGAUUAAGAUCUUUACGUGGUAGUUUUACUAAGAAAUCUCCAAAGGUUAUGCGACGCAAAUCAUUGCGUCAAUCUUUGGAUACCAGCUCUUCCCAUGCAACCAAUAGAAAGACCACACGCACAUCAAUGGCUGCAGCAAGGGCAGCAGCGGGUAAUCAUCGCAGCCAGCUAAGUGAAAGAAGGGCUACCUCAAAUCGAAACUAUUUACGUUCCCGCCAACAACCAGUCUUGCGGUCAAGAGGUGGCAAAACAAUGAAACCCCAGGAUGAUGACGAAUCAGAUGAGGAUAAUUCCACAAAAUAA